UUCUGGGCUGUGUGUGCCGCUCCUCGUGCUAGCCAAGAAGAACGGUCCCGCUCGUCCUUGUUGUGAAACUCUCGCAUUUAUAAUGAGGGAAAUCGUGCACAUCCAGGCCGGCCAGUGCGGUAACCAGAUCGGUGCCAAGAUGGAUCCGCAGCAGAAUAUUGAUCGGAUGUGAUUUCUGCAGGCUGUGGGUGCAGACUGUUCUGGGAAGUGAUCAGCGAUGAGCACGGCAUCGACCCCACAGGAAGUUAUCAUGGAGACACUGACCUGCAGCUGGACAGGAUCAGUGUUUACUACAAUGAGGCCACAGGAGGUAAAUAUGUUCCUCGGGCCGUUCUCGUGGACUUGGAGCCUGGCACCAUGGACUCCGUGAGGUCUGGGCCCUUUGGGCAGAUCUUCAGACCUGACAACUUUGUUUUUGGUCAGAGCGGUGCUGGAAACAACUGGGCCAAGGGUCACUACACAGAGGGAGCUGAGUUGGUGGACUCAGUCCUGGAUGUGGUCCGCAAAGAGUCAGAAAAUUGCGACUGCCUGCAGGGCUUCCAGCUCACCCAUUCUCUCGGUGGAGGAACUGGAUCUGGAAUGGGAACCCUGCUCAUCAGCAAGAUCCGUGAGGAGUACCCUGACCGUAUCAUGAACACCUUCAGUGUGGUGCCUUCCCCCAAGGUGUCCGACACCGUGGUUGAGCCUUACAAUGCCACCCUGUCGGUCCACCAGCUCGUAGAGAACACAGAUGAAACCUACUGCAUUGACAAUGAAGCUCUGUACGACAUCUGCUUCCGCACUCUCAAACUCACCACACCCACCUACGGAGACCUGAACCACCUGGUGUCCGCCACCAUGAGCGGGGUCACCACCUGCCUUCGCUUCCCCGGUCAGCUCAAUGCCGAUCUCCGCAAACUGGCCGUCAACAUGGUGCCUUUCCCUCGUCUGCACUUCUUCAUGCCUGGUUUCGCCCCCUUGACCAGCAGGGGCAGCCAGCAGUAUCGUGCCCUCACAGUGCCCGAGCUCACACAGCAGGUGUUCGAUGCCAAGAAUAUGAUGGCCGCCUGCGACCCACGUCACGGCCGCUAUCUGACCGUCGCCGCUGUGUUCCGUGGCAGAAUGUCCAUGAAGGAGGUUGACGAGCAGAUGCUCAACGUGCAGAACAAGAACAGCAGUUACUUCGUCGAAUGGAUCCCCAACAAUGUCAAAACCGCCGUCUGUGACAUUCCACCCCGUGGCCUCAAGAUGGCCGUCACUUUCAUCGGCAACAGCACGGCCAUCCAGGAGCUGUUCAAGCGCAUCUCCGAGCAGUUCACAGCCAUGUUCCGUCGCAAGGCCUUCUUGCACUGGUACACAGGGGAAGGUAUGGAUGAGAUGGAGUUCACUGAAGCCGAGAGCAACAUGAAUGAUCUGGUGUCUGAGUACCAGCAGUACCAAGAUGCCACUGCUGAGGAGGAGGGUGAAUUCGAGGAGGAGGCUGAUGAGGACGCCUGAAGACAAAGAUCUGAUGGUUAAGCGAUCAAUGCCAAAACGAAAAACAAUCGAAAGGGAAAUCACCACAACAGUAACAAAGGAGCCAACCUAGUGUUAAAAGCAGUGCUAGAACUACUACAACUUUAGCGUAUGUUAGAAAUCCCUUGUCAUUCGCUGCUAAUAAAGUUGUAAAAAC